AUGACUUUCUUUGUCUUUGUUGAAGUGCUGAGUAUCCUCAUCUACUGUGGACACUGUGGUGAAGAUGAUGAGAGACCUAUAGCUGUUCUGACCCUCCAACCCAACUGGAAACAGAUAUUCAUUGGAGAGACUGUCACUAUGAGAUGUGACAUACAGGGAGGAGGAGACUCUGACUGGCAGUAUGAGUGGCAUAACAACACGAAGUCAGUCUACUCUAAUAAAAAGCCAGAGUACAGAAUCAGUCCUGUAUACACGGCUAACAGUGGUUCAUAUACCUGUCAGGGUGUAAAGGGAAUCAAGCGCUCUGAAACCAGUGAUGCUGUACAACUGACUGUGUCUGCUCUGCCCAGUGCCACAUUGAGUGUCUCUCCUCAGGGUCCCCUCUACUCUGGAGAUACAGUCACUCUGCAGUGUGACAUACCAGACUACACAGACUGGACGUACUACUGGUACAGAAACAACCAACCAUUUUCCAGUACCCAUGGUAAAACCAUUACCAUCUCUCUCCCCGACCAGGAUGGUCAGUACCAGUGUGCGGGGACCAGGACAGAUCGGCCCCAGAAGUCUCAACUCAGCAGAGCCCUCUCUAUCCAGUUUAUUGCUCUGCCCACGGCCUCAAUGAGUAUCUCUCCUCAGGGUCUCCUCUACUCUAGAGAGACAGUCACUCUGCAGUGUGUCAUACCAGGCUACACAGACUGGAUGUACUACUGGUACAGAAACAACCAACAGUUUUCCAGUCAGACCAGUGAAACCAUCACCAUCUCUCUCCCAGACCAAGCUGGUCAGUACCAGUGUCAGGGGAAAAGGACAAGGCGCCCCCAGUGGUCUAAUCUCAGCUCAUCUCUCCCCAUCAUCGUCACUGCUCUGCCUGAAACUACACUGAGUGUAGAGCCAAACCCUGUGUUCCCUGGAGAGACAGUUACUCUGACGUGUUCAGUAGGGUCUGACAGUAGCUGGAGCUAUAAGUGCUCUGCCCACGACCUCAAUUAUCAGCCGUCCACUACACUGACUUCAGACAAAGAGAACAUAUUCACAGGAGACAGUGUGACACUGAGCUGUACUGUAGAAUCUCCUGGAUGGACGUUUUACUGGUACAGACACAGACCAGACUCUACACCAGUAACCACAACCUCUGGAUACUCCUACACACUCAGCUGGGUCAGUGUCUCUGAUGGAGGACAGUACUGGUGCAGAGCUGGGAGAGGAGACCCAGUCUACUACACCCUGUACAGUGACUCAGUCCAGAUAAACAUUACUGAGAAACCUGUCGCUUUUCUGACCCUCCAACCCAACUGGACCCAGAUAUUCAUUAGAGAGACUGUUACUAUGAGAUGUGACAUACAGGGAGGAGGAGACUCUGACUGGAACUACAGAUGGUAUAAGAAUAGUCAGUUAUUCAGCCCCUUUAACACAAAGACUGAGUACAGAAUCAGUCCUGUCUACAUGUCUAACAGUGGUUUAUAUACCUGUGAGGGUGUCAAGGGAAACAAGAUCUCCAAGACCAGUGAUGCUGUACAACUGACUGUGUCUGGUAAACCCAAGGCUGUCCUGAGUAUCUCUCCUCAGUGGCUGAACCCUGGAGACUCAGUGACUCUGAGCUGUGAAGUUGACAAGACGUCUACAGGCUGGAGGUUCUCCUGGUACAGGACUGUUCCCUACAGAGCUGGGUUACCCUCCCUAUCAGACAAGUCUUACUCUCUACAGCCCCUAUCUGACAAUGUGACUAGUGAAGACUCCUACACUCUGAUCCCUGCUGGUCCUACUCCUACAGGAGGAUAUGUGUGUAGAGCUGGGAGAGGAGACCCAGUCUAUGACACACUCUACAGUGAACCACAGUUUCUCUGGUCAGGAGAUCUGCAGCCUUCAGUGUCUCUCAGAAUAAGUCCCAACACAACUCAACAAUUUAAAUCAAAGUCUCUCUCACUGAGCUGUGAGGAGAAGGGGAACUCUACUGGAUGGAGACUGAUGAGAAACACAGAGAGAGGAGUAGAGUCAGUGUGUGUCUCUAACUGGGAAUCAAUAACAGGGUCUACAUGUACCAUCAGCUACACAUUCACACGGGACAGUGGAGUGUACUGGUGUGAGUAUGGAUCAGGAGAGUACAGUAAUGCUGUCAACAUCACAGUGCCUGCUGGUGAUGUGAUCCUGGAGAGCCCUGUUCAUCCCGUGACUGAAGGAGACUCUGUGACUCUGCGCUGCAAAUACUGGACAACCAGCUCAAACAUCAAGGCUGAUUUCUACAAAGAUGGAGUUCUCAUCAAGAAUGGGACCACAGGAGAGAUGACCAUCCCUGCAGUAUCCAAGUCAGAUGAAGGAUUCUACAAAUGCAAAUACCCUGACAAGGGAGAAUCACCAGAGAGCUGGAUGACAGUGAGAGUCGUAUCUCCUGGAUCCUCUACAUCAGUCUUAGAAGGAGUGGUUGUGGGUCUGGUUGUUGCUGGUGUUCUGCUGGUCAUUAUCCUGGUCCUGCUGUGUCGAUUUAAAAACAGCAAAGGAACCCCCAGACCCAGAGAACCAACCAGGACCCCCAACAGGACCAAGGAUCUACCCAGAGUCAGGCUCCUGAUGCUGGGUGGUGCUCACAUCUACGACACGAUCAAUCCCUCAGACAACAAUGUUAAUGGUACUGUAUAG